UUUUCAUCUUCACAAUAUAUAGUAAAGGUUUUCUUUCUCUACUCUCUUCUUGUUUAAAUUUUUCAGUGUCUUUGAUGCAAACCCAACAAUGUCCUUAUCGGAGAUGAUCAAAUUUGUGUGGUCUACAUGUUUGUUCCAGAAUUUGGUGCUCUCUGCGACUGGGAAUCAUUAUUUAGAUUAGAUUUAUAGGAAGUACCUCCUACUUACCUCCCACUGUGAGAAUGAGGAGAAAUGUAUCUUACCCUGAUUGCACUGCCUCCACUCAAAAGGGAUAGCUUUGUGGGAUAAGAAAAGAUAACAGAGAACACGCCUCUCAGUUUGCCCAAGGCCACUAUUUGUAAGGCAUCUCAAGAUCACUAUGGAGGUCUGGAAUAGUAGUGAUGCUAUGGAGCCCAUAUUUGUUCUGAAGGGUUUUCCUGGACUGGAGCAUGUUCAUUCUUGGCUCUCAAUUCCAUUCUGUCUUGUGUACUUGGUAGCAUUUGUUGGUAAUGUUACUAUCCUCUCUGUCAUUUGGGUAGAGUCUUCACUCCACCAGCCCAUGUAUUACUUCCUUUCCAUCCUGGCACUAACUGACCUGGGUAUGUCCCUGUCCACACUUCCCACCAUGCUUGCUGUGUUAUGGUUAGAUGCUCGGGAGAUCCAGGCAAGUGUUUGCUAUGCUCAGCUUUUCCUCAUCCACACUUUCACACUUCUGGAGUCCUCAGUGCUGCUGGCUAUGGUCUUUGCCCGUUUUGUUGCUAUCUGCUGUCCACUGCACUAUUCCACCAUCCUCACCAACAGUGUAAUUGGCAAGAUUGGUUUGGCCUGCUUGCUGUGGAGCAUUGGAGUUGUACUGCCUACACCUUUGCUACUGAGACAUUAUCACUACUGCCAUAUAAAUGUUCUCUCCCAUGCCUUCUGCAUGCACCAGGAUGUUCUUAAAUUAUCCUGCUCAGAUGCCAGGAUCAAUAACAUUUAUGGAUUAUGUGUAGUUAUCACCACACUGGGUGUGGAUUCAGUUUUCAUACUUCUUUCUUAUGUCCUGAUUCUGAAUGCUAUUCUGGGCAUUGGAGCUCAUGAAGAGCAGCUAAAGGCACUCAACACGUGUGUAUCUCAUGUCUUUGUGGUGCUCAUCUUCUUUGUGCCAGUCAUUGGAGUAUCAAUGGUCCAUCAAUUUGGGAAGUAUCUAUCUCCCAUAGUUCAGGUCCUCAUGGCUGACCUCUACUUGCUUCUUCCCCCGGUGCUCAACCCUGUUGUCUACAGUGUCAGGACAAAGCAGAUGCAUCUAGGAAUUCUCUGUGAGUUUGGGAUAGGAGGAGGCUUUAGGUAA